AUGGCAAAUAAAUCUAAAGAUCAAGAAAUUGUCGUAUUGAUUGUUGGCGGUGUGAGGUAUCAAACAUUUCGUUCGACACUUACAACAUAUCCUGAUACAUUAUUAGGAACAAUGUUUCAAGAAAGGAAUAAAGAUUUGCUUCAUCCGGCCAAUAACAAUGAAUAUUUUUUUGAUCGUAAUGAAUUGGAAUUAGAAUUAGAUUACUUUCAAAUUCCAGUUGAAAACGUAAAGAUUGAUUGGUUAAUUCAAAAUGCUAGUAACAAUGUUGAUAAAUUUGUUGAAAUUUUUGAAAAAUUAAUCGAAGAACAUUAUGGACUUUUUAUAGAUAGGAUCAUUCUAAGGUUUUAUGAAACAGGUUAUAUUUUAUAUGAAAAUAUUGUGUACAAACAUCAAAUUCACACUUUUAAACAUUUAGCAGAAAUGAAAAUAAAUUAUUUUAAUCUAUUGAACAUUAUGGGAAAACAAUUAGCUUGUUAUUUUCAAUCUAAAUAUUCAGAGAUCAAACUGAAUUGGCGUUGUUACAGAGCAAUAGAUUUUAAUAGGAAUAGCACACAACUUUAUAAAAAUAUUUAUAUGAAGCUUCAAAUAAAUUUUACUAUCAAUUCAAGCAAAAUUAAGGAUAAUUCAUGUAUUAGAUAG